AUGGCUGCAACCAGUUCAACCCUGCCUGCUCCCAUUGGAAGCCCUCCGGUGUGGGCUGAAAACCGCCAAGCGCUUUGCGAUGCCCUUCCGUACUUCAAGGCGCAUGAAGGAAGCAUUUACACAAAGGACAAGCUCAUCAAAGGCAUGCUUCUCAACGCAUUCUCUAGUGUGCGAGACUAUCUGGGAGCAGAAGUCAUUAUCACCACACUUGGUGGCGGCAAAGAGAAAGACAGUCAGGGAAAUCUGGUCCGUGUCAAGCAAGUACGCCCCUUUGUGCUCGAAUCUUGCCAUACGGCCAUGAAAAGUGGAACGCCCAUUGGAAUGAUCCUAGGCAAACACUACCCGGGCUUGUCUGUUGAGAUGAAGCACGCCUUCAACGUCCUUGCUUUCUUCAGCAUCACAGAUAUAUGGUCUGAGAAGGAUGAGAGAGGCUUUCCUAUUCAUAAGAUUCGUCUUGAAAAGACUGAUCGCUCUGUACCGUCUUGGUGGCAGUCGAAGUCUGAAGUACAGGACAUUCUGACCACUUCUUCCACACACGCCUCCUCUCUUGCAUGGUGUGUUGACUGUCAUCAGGGAAGCAAGACAGUCUUCUCCUGUGGUUGGGUCUGCCUCAACCAUAAAUGCGGCAAAUUCUUCGCUUUUACUGCUGGAAUCGAUGUCAACCAGCUCACCUACUCAGAGGACUUUCUUCUGGAACGAACAUCUCACCAGGUUCCCCAACAGCCUCUGCAGCCGCCUAUUCCGGACAUUACCAUGCCAGGCUUUCUGGGCACAGAGAAAGCCAUGCGUGAUGGAAUCAUCUGCCCUGAGUGCCACCGCUGUGCAAGACGAGUGGAUUGGACAAAGUGGACUUACGAGGACCCUCUUUGCCACUUCACUCUGUUUGCCCCACCCCUGCCUCUCUCCUUGGAAGAGGUUCAUGCUGAGGAAGCCCAGCAAAGACAGAAGAAGACCUUUGAGUCUAAGAUCUUGGAUGAAAAUAUCCUAGAGGCCAGAAGCGAGUCGAAUGGCUAUACUGUUGAACAGUAUCUCCUUCCGGAUCCGCUCAAUGUAAGUGCCAUCAUUGGAUCAGUCACUGUCUUUCGAGCGACUCGAGCUAUCAAUGCUAUCGAGGGCGCUCCCGAUCAGAUGUGGGGUCUCCUCCAGCACGAUACCGCCCAAGACUUUGGCUUCCGAAGACAGCCUGCUAUCCAUCCUGGACUGCCUACUGAGAAGUUGACCCGCAACUUUCUCCAGAAUUGGGGCGCCCCGUACAAGUUCGCUGUCAAUGUGCAUUCGAGGCCAUUCUCAGAGGCUCCAGACUCUUUGAUUGGAGCGCUCAAGAGGAUGCAAUGGGCUGGUCAGAAAUCAGUCGACAUGACUAGCGAUACCGACUUCGUUGACUUCAACGAGCUUCUUUCCAUCGGCUACAUGGAGGAAGACAAGAUCAGUUACCACGACGACGGAGAAGACACUCUGGGACCUACUGUGGCCACUCUCUCGCUCGGAAGUCCAUCACUGAUGUCCUUCAAAAUGAAGAAAUCUUAUGCUGGUAAGGACAAGAAGGUCCUCCAACUUACAAUGUUCCAUGGUGAUUUGGUGGUCAUGCAUGGUACCCGAAUUCACCAGGCGUACUUGCACAAGGUUGUACCCAAAGGCAAACGUCGUUUUGCCUUGACCUGCCGAAAGAUCGUCCUGGAGAAUAUCAAAGACGACGAUGUUCGAGCUGAGGCUGUCCAGAACAGCAUUAUUCCAGAGGUCUCAAAGCUCUGGGACUACCCAAAGGUCGAAGAUAGUGAAAGUUGUGAAACGAAUGCUCGCUUGUUUAAGCGUGCCAGUGAUGAUGCGCAGACCACGUCUCGCACAACGAAGCGAAGCAAGACUAACACUUAA